CACUUAUUAGCGUACAAACCGAGAAGUGAGUCCCAUGUAUUCUGAUCUUUCCACUCUCCAACAAAACGCGAAGCUUCACGUCCAAUUCAAUUCUACUCCAAACUCCGAUCUUUCCUCGCCGACGAUAAGCUCAACAUCGCCAUGUUCAAGAAACGCUUAUUUCAGAAGACCGUUAAUCGUCCAGAGCGUCAUGGAAAGAGUUCAUUGUCACCGGAUGAAUUGAAUUUCCGGAUUAAUGUGCACUACGGAAUUCCAUCUACGGCGUCGAUGCUCGCUUUUGAUCCGAUUCAGCGCCUACUGGCCGUCGGCACAUUGGAUGGCAGGAUCAAGGUAAUUGGUGGUGAUAAUGUUGAAGGACUUCUGAUUUCUCCAAAGCUGUUGCCUCUAAAAUACUUAGAGUUUCUGCAGAAUCAAGGCUUCAUAGUUAGCAUUACAAGCGACAAUGAUAUUCAGGUUUGGAGUCUAGAGAGGAGGUCAAUAGCAUGUAGCUUACAGUGGGACUCCAUUGUAACUGCUUUCUCUGUAAUCAAUGGCUCUUCAUUUAUGUAUGUUGGUGAUGAAUACGGAUUGAUGUCUGUUUUGAAGUAUGAUGCAGAAAGUGGACAGCUUAUGCGACUGCCAUAUCAACUAUCUUCUGAUUUUCUUGCUGAAGCAACUGGAAUCCCAGUCUCCAGUGGGCAACCCAUAGUCGGGAUCCUUCCUCAACCCUAUUCUUCCGGAAAUAGGGUAUUGAUCGCUUAUGAGAGUGGGCUGAUUGUUCUCUGGGAUGUGGUCGAAGCACAACCUGUUGUUGUGCGAGGUGAUAGGGUCCUGCAAUUGAAAAAUAAUGUUUGUCCCCCAAAUGAUGGGAUUACUGAUAUAGUUGACGAUGAACCUUCCCUUGACUUAGAGGAGAAAGAGAUCAGUGCUCUUUGUUGGGCAUCAACUGAUGGGUCCAUUCUCGCUAUGGGAUAUGUGGACGGGGAUAUUUUGUUCUGGAAUAUGUCAAAAGAUUCUUCCAUAAAAAACCAAGAAGCUGGGAUGUCCCCAAAUGUUGUCAAGCUGCAGUUGUCUUCUUCUGAAAAGAGGCUACCUGUUAUUGUUUUACACUGGCUGGACAACAGUAAAUCCAGUAAGCACCGAGAAGGUCAACUUCUUAUAUAUGGUGGUGAUGAGAUAGGCAGUGAGGAAGUUGUUACGGUUCUAAGUCUUGAAUGGUCAUCUGGAAUGGAAGCAGUGAGAUGCACUAGCCGUACUGACCUCACACUUAAUGGUUCUUUUGCUGAUAUGAUUAUUGUUCCAACUGCUGGUACGACUGGGAGUACUACAGAUGCUUCUCUGUUUGUAUUGUCAAACCCUGGUUGUAUACGUAUAUACUCCUCAGAGUUGCAGCCUGGGAAGGAUUUACCUGUCUCUGCUGUAAACUUUCCAGCAACCAUACCCACGAUUGAUCCUUUGAUUACGGUGGCAGAGCUUUUUUAUGUAAAUGGAAGCACAGAGGGCCUAGGAUUGGAGAUAGCUGUAGCAAGUCCAACAGUGACAUUGCCUGGAAAUAAACGGUGGCCCUUAACUGGAGGUGUAACAAAUAAAUUGUCACUUGGAAAAGAUUACAAGGUCCAGAGACUGUAUGUAGCGGGCUAUGAUGAUGGAUCAGUUCGAAUAUGGGAUGUUACUUAUCCAGUUUUUUCUCCUCUCUGUGUUUUGACAAAUGAGGCUAACAGUGAAGAUCUGGUUGAUUCUGGUGGCUCAUUGACGACAGUUGAUUUAUGCUCCUCCACGUUGAGAUUAGCUGUCGCAAAUGAAUGCGGUCGGGUUGAAAUUUACGAACUCUGCAGCAGCAAUGAGACAACCAUCCAUUUUGUCACAGAAACAAAAACUGAAGUUCGCAGUUCUGCUCAAGUUCAGGGACCCAGGUGUGGAGCUGUUUUCAAUCUUCAUAAAUCAGGAGUUCAGGCACUAAAAUUUAUAAACCAAGGCUCCAGACUUAUCGUUGUACAUGAAUCUUCACGAAUUGCAGUGGUAAAUGUGCAGUCAUCAUCCGUUGCAUUUAUAACAGACUCUUUACAAACAUCCCCAGUAAUAUCUGUAGCGUACAAAGCUUUUGAGUAUGAAAUGCCCAAGAAAAGAAAUGAAUCUGCACCAAUAAUUCCAGAGAGAGGAGAGUCCAUAUUCGUAUUAACCAAGGAAGGAAGUAUAUAUGUUAUUGAUGGCAAUAAUGGUAGCAUGAUUAGCUCAAGGCCAAUACAGUUGAAGAACUCAACAGCAAUUUCUUUGCAUUUUAUAGAAAACCAGACGUCAGCUUUUAGUUUUGUAGAUGAGCAACUGGAGAAAAAGGACGAUAUACUGAAAAAUGAGCCUUUGCUAAGUGUUGAUCUACGGAGUGAGAAAUGUAAAACUGAAGACCAUGCUCUGGAUAAAAAUCCAUCUACAUUAAGCUUGAAGGAGUUGCUUGUUCUGGUUUGUUGCAGAGAUAAACUACUCAUAUACCCUGCAAAGUCUGUGGUUCAAGGCCAAAGCAAAUAUAUAUGCAAAGUCAAACUUUCCAAGCCCUGUUGUUGGACUUCUGUGUUCCGGACAGAUCAUGUGGGUGGGUUGGCAGUAUUCUACCCGACAGGAGAAAUGGAGAUCAGAUCUUUGCCUGAUCUGGAAUUGGUGAAAGAAUUUUCUUUACUGUCACAGUUAAGGUGGAACUUCAAGCCAAACUUGGAAAGGAUGAUCAGCUCUGCCGAAAACUUACAUAUUGCAUUGGCAAAUGGCUCCGAAGUGGCAUUUGUUUCCCUUUUGGAGGGUCAAAAUGAUUUCAGUAUCCCAGAAUCCCUUCCCGGUCUUCAUGAUGAAGUGCUUGCAGCUGCUGCCAAUGCUGCGAUCAGUAUAUCUUCUGAUCGUAAGAGAAAAAAGAGAGCUAAUCCUGGCAUUCUCAGUGGUAUUGUAAAAGGAUUAAGAGCACCAAAACCAAACAACGCUGUGUAUCAUGACUCAAAUUCUAGUGCUGAUUUUGGUCACCUUGAAGAGAUCUUCGAAAGGAACAUAGUUCCAGGGUCAUUAUCAACAGCAGAUGAACCAGAAGAUAUUGAGCUUACCAUAGAUGAUAUUGACAUUGAUGAGCCUGGGCCUUCGUCAUCUGCUUCAUCCCAUGAAUUAGAUAAGAAAAAUAAAGACACAAAAACGGAACGACAAAAAUUGUUUGAUGAUGAUGCGGAGAUUAAACCCAGAGUUAGAACGCGGGAAGAGAUCAUUGCUACAUACAGAAAAACGGAGGAUGCCUCGUCUGCAGCUGGACAAGCAAAAAACAAGCUUAUGGAACGCCAAGAGAAGCUUGAGAAAAUUAGUAGACGAACAGAAGACCUACAAAACGGAGCUGAAAACUUCGCCUCCCUAGCCAAUGAGCUUGUCAAGGCAAUGGAAAACAAGAAGUGGUAUCAAAUAUAGAAGCAUUGUGGAAGCUUCUGGAAAUUCGCUGUUGAGAAUGCUGGAUAUCAACGGCUUGGCUUCGUUGCUACCAGUCUGCAGCAUGGAUGAUGGAACUCUUCUCUCUUAUGUAAAUUACACAUCUUUAGUGAGCCCAUAUAUGUGAAAUGAGCUUAUAUAUAUAUCACGUAGAGUGAAUGAGGAUUUUUUUUUUUUUUGUAAUGGCUAAAUAUUAUGAUUGUGAGAGUAAUUUAGUCUCCACUUUUUUUUGCAGGCAAUGCAUUGUACACAAUUAGAAUUGGCUACCUGGCUCUAUCUAUUUAUACCAUUGUUGCGACUUGCUUUCAUCCA